AUGUCUCGCUCAUUCCUCGUGGACUCCCUCAUCUCUCCUCGCACCUCUGACACCACAGGAGUGACGCGGCCUCGUUCGGAGUCUCCUACAGACGACAUCCCCUCCUGCAAGAGAAUCAGAACGGCCUUCACCUCCACCCAGCUGCUGGAGUUAGAGAGGGAGUUCUCCUCCAACAUGUACCUCAGUAGACUCCGGAGGAUCGAAAUAGCCACCUACCUCAACCUGUCUGAGAAGCAGGUGAAGAUCUGGUUCCAAAACCGCCGCGUCAAAUACAAGAAGGAGGAGGGAGGCCAGUCGAGGGAGAAGUGUUCGUGUCUGAGGACAUGUACGGCCUCCAGGUCCCGCUCCAAGGACCAGCAGGGCUCUCAGGGCUGUGACAGUCGCAGCUCAGGCGAGGACGUCGACGACUCCAUCCACCAUCAGGUCCUCAGCGUCGACCCUGGAGACGACCACCUCAAAGGUGAUGUUGAUUGUGACAAGAAAGGCAACCUGCCUCAUCAUCACCAUCAUCUUCACCAUCACGGACAUCACCAUCACCAUCACCUGCCCCAGCACCCAGAUGAACAGGGAUGUCCCCGACAGGAAGCCGCCGUCCACUGUCAUGAUGCCACCGUCACCAGCACUGACACCAAGUCCCCGAGUGGUGACUACAAGCCUCCUACAUACGGGUCAGAUGCUGAGUCAGAUUACGACCGAGAUAGCAACGAAAACAUAGACGUAGUGUGAAAUUCACCCCCAGAGACACCCAAAAAAGUGAUAUAAAAACAAGUGGCUUAUCUCGCGCUCUCACUAGACAGGAAGAGAGGAUUGCACCACUUUCUUACUUAGAGACAAACUAUUAACGAUAACUUAAUCAUACUGAGGCGGCUGUCAAAUGCGAUGAAAAUUUAUGAUACUAAAACUAAAUGAAUAUAGAUAGAACAUAUCAAUAUAACUCCUGGAACUUCCGGAUAACACAAAUGUUAUUAUUCCUAAGUCACUUAUAAAACACAGACAAUAAAACAAAGAUAAACAGAGAUACAGUAAUACAAAUGACUAUAGUACCAAACCUGUAAUAGACUAUACUUAAAAUAUAGAAAAUUCGCAACAAAACAACAACCAGAAACUCGAGUAUUUCCAGGUUCCUUCACAGUUCAGACAACAUGAGUGCCUCGAGAUUUAUUGCCUUUCAGAUUGAUGUAUAUAUAUUUUUUCAUAGUCAUAGAGAUGUAUAACUGAGUGUAAAAGAUUUUGUUGUAUAAUAUAUCUAGUUUUAUUAUGCGUCUGUCUGUCCGUCUGUUGUCUCUCUACUAACAAAGGCCUGAGCCCCUCCUCUCUCUCUCUCUCUCUCUCUCUCUACAAACAAAGGCCUCAACCCUUACUCUCUCUACU